AUGACGGACAACGCUGUUGAGCCCGAGCUAGAAACGCUAGCUAACCUAGUCCUUUCUCCGGCCUGCCAGCCUACAGAUAAUCAAAUGCUGGUUGAUGAAUACGAACGAUACCACCAUGACAGAACCGACGACGUCGUUGUCUCCCACUCGGGCUCUGAGGAGCCGGAGACAGAACCCCCAGCGGAUGACUUCCCGGCGAUGAUGGCCCGCGUCCUCCCGAAAGACCCUGAAUUGGAAACUAUCGAGGAAACAUGGCAUACAUGGCACAUUCAGGACUGGCGGAAGUUGAAAAAGAAGGAACACGGUCCGGCAUUCAAGUGCGGCGGUUUCCCAUGGCGGAUACUUUUCUUCCCGUACGGAAAUCACGUCGAACACGCUUCGUUCUACCUAGAGCAUGCUUGGGAAACUGAACCUCCAGAGAACUGGUAUGCAUGUGUGCAGUUCGCCCUGGUCCUGUGGAACGUCAACGAUCCCACCAUUCAUAUUUCCCAUGUCGCAACCCAUCGAUUUAAUGUGGACGAAGGAGAUUGGGGGUUCACUCGGUUUUGUGAAUUGCGCAGACUCUUCAGCAUGCCUUGGGAAGAUCGUGGGGUUCCGCUAGUCCAGAAUGACGAGGCCAAGGUCACGGCAUACGUUCGUGUUGUCAAAGAUCCAACAGGUGUCUUAUGGCACAGCUUCCAGAAUUACGAUUCCAAGAAAGAAACCGGCAUGGUCGGACUGAAGAACCAAGGCGCAACAUGCUACCUUAACUCUCUAUUGCAAUCAUUAUAUUUUACAAACGCUUUCCGCAAAGCCGUCUAUCAAAUUCCCACAGAAGCAGAGGCGUCGCGAGAUAACAGCGCCUGGACUCUUCAGCGGCUGUUCAAUAACCUCCAGACAAGCGAUUUCCCCGUCUCGACAACUGAACUUACGGCCUCGUUUGGUUGGGAAUCACGGCAAAUUUUCGAGCAGCAAGAUGUUCAGGAGUUGUCGCGGAAGCUAAUGGAGAGAUUAGAAGAGAAGAUGAAGGGCACACCUGCAGAGAAGGCACUUCCGGACCUGUUCGUCGGCAAAACGAAGACCUAUAUCUCAUGCAUAAAUGUCGACUACGAAUCAUCGCGUGUGGAAGAUUUCUGGGAUAUCCAACUCAACGUGCGAGGUAACAAGACACUUGAUGAUAGUUUCAGGGACUAUAUUCAGGUGGAGACUCUUGAGGGCGAGAACAAGUACGACGCGGGUUCUCCAUACGGCCUGCAAGAUGCCAAGAAAGGAGAGAUUUUCGAAAGCUUUCCUCCGGUGCUGCACCUUCACCUGAAGCGCUUUGAGUAUGAUAUCCAUCGCGAUGCGAUGAUGAAAAUCAACGAUCGACACGCCUUCCCGAUGGAGUUUGACGCGUCGCCCUACCUCUCCAAGGAUGCCGACAAGUCAGAAUCAUGGGUCUAUCAAUUACAUGGUGUUCUUGUUCACAGCGGUGAUUUGAACGCGGGCCACUAUUUCGCCUUCUUGAAACCGACUAAAGACGGAUAUUGGUAUCGCUUCGAUGAUGACCGUGUAACGAGGGCGACAGACAAGGAAGUGCUUGAAGAAAACUAUGGGGGCGAAUAUGAGCUGCCGAACGGCACAGUCGGGGUGAGGCAGCCGUACACUCGAGGGCUCUCUACCAAACGAUCGACAAAUGCCUACAUGUUGGUCUACAUCCGCAAAUCUAGGUCCGAUGACGUUCUCCUUCCUAUUACCACUGAGGAUGUUCCUGCCCACAUCGAGAAACGAUUAGUCGAGGAACGCGCCGAAUGGUUGCGCAAGAAGAAAGAAAAAGAAGAGGCGCACUUGUACCUCAGUGUCGGAGUCUUGUCUGAGGAGACUUUUAGGAACCACAACGGAUUCGAUCUAACGAGCUUCGACCAGUCGACUGCCGAAGCGGCGCUCCCCAAGCAGUAUCGGAUCCUCAAGACGACCAAGGUCAGUGAAUUCGCUGAGAAGAUAGCGGAGGAGAAGAACAUUAACCCUCACCAACUCCGCUUCUGGGUCAUGGUUAAUCGCCAAAACAAGACGAUGCGCCCGGAUCAAGUCAUCAAGGAUCCAGAAAUGACGGUCGAGGAGGCGUAUAGCAGAUAUGGCACCAAGGGUAACCCAUUCAGAGUCUGGCUUGAGGUUGGCCAAGCGUCUGCUGAUGGUACCGUUUCCUGGCCGGAUGGUAACGGCUCGGUGCUUGUCUUUUUGAAACAUUUUGAUGCGCAAAAGCAGACUCUGGCUGGUGUUCGUGCAGUAUACGUUCGAAAGACCCAGAAGGUCGCCGACCUGGCGCCCACGAUUCUCGAGAUCAUGAAUUGGCCCGCUGGGACAGAAUUCAUCCUCUAUGAGGAGAUCAAACACAAUAUGAUCGAACUCAUGAAGCCAAAACAGACAUUCCAGCAAUCGGAGAUUCAGGAUGGCGACAUUAUCACUUUCCAAAAGUCUAUCAAAGAGUCAGAACUCCCUCCCACGGCACUGUACACGGACGCGAAGCUUUACUACGACUACCUUCUAAACCGGAUAACCGUUACUUUCGCGCCUCUGAAAGCGAACGACGGUGAUGAAAUAUCCUUGGUUCUGAGCCGGAAGAUGUCUUACGACCAGUUUUCUAAGAAAGUUGGUGAGGCCUUGAGCGUGGACUACACACAUCUGCGUUUCGCUCCAGUCAUCGCCACUACCGGGAAGCCGAGGGCGUACAUCAAGAGGAACCCCAAUCAAAACGCUCAAACUCUCCAAAACAUCCUCUUCGGACAGAUGGGCGCCUACGCAAUUAAUAACAUUCGCCAAGAUGCCCUGUACUAUGAAGUCUUGGAGACGAGCCUGAGUGACUUUGAGUCGAAGAUCACUCUCUCAGUAACGUGGCUUCCCGAGGGUAUUUCCAAAGAACAAACCGUCGAAGUCCUCGUGCCCCGGGAAGGAACAAUUUCGGACGUCCUGGCUGGGUUACAGAAAAAGGCCAGCAUCGACGACGAAUCAAUCCGCAAUGUACGAGUUUACGAAGCACACAACCAUAGGAUAUCCAGGGACUUGCAGCCCGACUCCAAGAUUCCUACCAGCUACCAAGAUUAUCUCACCAUCUACGCAGAAAAGGUACCCGAGGAAGAGUUGAACCUGGAGAGCGGUGACCAGACGGUGAAUGCUUUCAACUUCGAGAAGGAAGCCUCAAGGACACAUGGUGUGCCUUUCAAGUUCGUUGUGAAGCCAGGAGAAAUCUUCAAACAAACCAAGGAACGACUGUCGAAGCGAACCGGCCUUAAGGGGAAGCGGUUUGAAAAGAUAAAGUUUGCUGUUGUACAGCGUCUGCACCCCUCAAACCCACGGUAUCUUGAAGACGAUGAUAUACUAUCAGAUAUAAUUGGUGAUUCUGGUGAUCUGCUCGGCCUCGACCAUCCGAAUAGUAAAAGCAGGAGCUUUUGGAACAGCAGCCAGUCCUUCUUCAUCAGAUAA